UCCCGCCACCGCCAAAGGAAAGCGAAAUAAAGCAACCAGCCCCUCCAAACUCCCGGCUAUUAUUAAUACGGCCUCUUCUUCCUUCCUUCCUUCCCCCCUUGAACGAGAACAGAGCAGAACAGAGACGAUGCCCCGUCGUCCUGGCCUCUAGCUAACCUCGGGCUGAACCGACGAUGAAGCUGGCGGUGGAGAUCGCCGACGCGGCGGACCUGUCGCCCAAGGACGGCUCCGCCACCUGCAACGCCUUCGUCGAGGUCGACUUCGACGGCCAGAAGCAGCGCACCGCCACCAAGCCCGCCGACUGCGCGCCCCAGUGGAACCAGACGCUCGUCUUCUCCGUCGCCGACGCUUCCCUCUUCCCGUCGCUCCACGUCGAGGUGUCCGUGUACCACGACCGCCGCCUCAACGACCACAACGCGCUCCGCCCCCACGCCUUCCUCGGCCGCGUCCGCCUCUCCGCCGCCGCCUCUGUUGCCAGGUCCGUCGGCGAGGCAGUGCUGCAGCGGUACCCGCUUGAUAAGAGGGGGCUGUUCUCGAGGGUCUCCGGCGACAUCGCCCUCCGCCUCUACCUCAUCAACGAGGACGGCGAUCCUGCUGCUGCUGCUUCGGGGGCGGCCGUGGAUCAGCCUUCUGAGCCGGUCGCCAUGGACCCUGAGAGGACUGUCAGGAACGUCUUUGCCAACGAGGCGCCUUCUUCUUCUUCCUCAGCUCCGGAGGCAGCGGCGGCGGCGGAAUCCAAGGGGAAGAGCAGCCACGACCACGAGCUUCCUCCGCCGCGCGAGUUCCGCGCCGAGCCACGCCGCUUCACGCUGCACGCCAUGGCGGCGCCGAGCGCGCCCCCGGGCCAAACAGUCGUCAUGCCGAAGCCCCCCGCCGCGGCGGCGCAGCAAGCGGCGGCGCCAGGCUCCCAGUACGGGCUAGUGGAAACAAAGCCACCCCUCCCGGCAAAGCUCGGCCCGCGCGGGUCGGCGCUGGCGGCGUCCAAGGUGUCGUCCACCUACGACCUCGUAGAGCCCAUGUCGUACCUCUACGUGACCGUCGUGAAAGCCCGGGACCUCCCGACCAAGGACAUCACCGGAGCGCUGGACCCCUACGUGGAAGUAAAGCUCGGCAACUUCAAGGGCACCACAAAGCACCUGGAGAAGAACCCGAACCCGGUGUGGCGGCAGACGUUCGCCUUCUCCAAGGAGCACCUCCAGGCCAACCAGCUGGAGGUCAUCGUCAAGGACAAGGACGUCGUCAAGGACGACUUCGUCGGCCGCGUGCUCUUCGACAUGUCCGACGUCCCCAGCCGCCUCCCCCCCGACAGCCCGCUCGCGCCGCAGUGGUACAAGCUCGCCGAGGCCGGGGGAGACAAGCUGCGGCACGGCGGCGAGAUCAUGCUCGCCGUCUGGCUCGGCACCCAGGCCGACGAAUCGUUCCCGGAGGCCUGGCAUUCCGACGCGCAUGGCGUGGCGUCGCAGGAAGGGCUCGCCAGCACGCGCUCCAAGGUCUACUAUUCCCCCAAGCUGAUUUACUUGAAGGUGAACGUCAUCGCCGCCCAGGAUUUGGUGCCUGGGGAGAAGGGCCGGGCAAUGGCGCCGGCGAUCGCGAAGAUCCACAUGGGGAGCCAGAUCCGGCGGACGAGGCCGCAGCAGUCGGCGAACCCUGGGUGGAACGAGGAGUUCUUCUUCGUGGCCGGCGAGCCCUUCGAGGACCCGCUCGUGGUCACCGUGGAGGAGAAGCUCUCCGGCCGGGACGAAGCCAUCGGCCGCGUCAUCAUCCCCGUCGGCGCGCCGUUCGUGGCCCGCAACGACCUCGCGAAGUCGAUCGCGUCGCGGUGGUUCAGCCUGUCCCGGGGGAUGACGGUGGACGAGGCGUCGGCGGGGGUCACGGAGAAGAUGAAGGACAGGGAAUCCUCCAAGACGUUCACCAGCAAGAUCCACCUGAGGCUCAGCCUCGAGACCGCCUACCACGUGCUCGACGAAUCGACACACUACAGCAGCGACCUGCAGCCCGCGGCGAAGAAGCUCCGGAAGAGCGCCAUCGGCAUCCUGGAGGUGGGCAUCCUGAGCGCCAAGAACCUGGCGGGGAAGAAGAACCCCUACUGCGUGGCCAAGUACGGCGCCAAGUGGGUCCGCACGCGGACGCUGGUGGGCACGGCGGCGCCGGCGUGGAACGAGCAGUACACCUGGGAGGUGUUCGACCUCUGCACCGUCGUCACCGUCGCCUGCUUCGACAACGCCGCCGUCCAUGGCGGCGACAAGGACGCGCGGAUCGGCAAGGUGAGGGUCCGCAUAUCGACAUUGGAGUCGGACCGCGUGUACACCCACUACUACCCGUUAAUGGCGCUGACCCCGUCGGGGCUGAAGAAGACGGGCGAGCUCCACCUCGCCGUGCGCUACACGUGCACGUCCUGGGCAAACAUGCUGGGGCAGUACGGCAAGCCGCUGCUCCCCAAGAUGCACUACACGAACCCCAUACCCGUGCUCCAGCUCGACUACCUCCGGUUCAUGGCGAUGCAGCUGGUGGCGGCGCGGCUGGGGCGCUCGGAGCCGCCGCUGAAGAGAGAGGUGGUGGAGUACAUGCUGGACGUGGACUCGCACAUGUUCAGCCUGCGGCGGAGCAAGGCCAACUUCCACCGGAUCACGUCCCUCUUCUCCGGCGCCGUCGCCGUGGGGAAGUGGUUCGAGGGGAUCUGCAAGUGGAAGAACCCGCUGACGACGAUCCUCGUCCACGUGCUGUUCCUGAUCCUAGUGUGCUACCCGGAGCUCAUCCUGCCGACGGUCUUCUUAUAUUUGUUCAUGAUCGGGGCGUGGAACUACCGGCGGCGGCCGAGGAAGCCGCCGCACAUGGACACGGUGCUGUCGUACGCCGAGCUCGCGCACCCCGACGAGCUGGACGAGGAGUUCGACACGUUCCCGACGUCCAAGCCGGGGGACGUCGUCAGGAUGAGGUAUGACAGGCUGAGGAGCGUCGCCGGCAGGGUGCAGACGGUGGUCGGGGACUUGGCGAUGCAAGGCGAACGCGCCCAGUCGCUGCUCAGCUGGAGAGACCCCAGGGCGACGUCCAUCUUCGUCACGCUCUCGCUCAUCGUGGCCAUUGUGCUCUACGUGACGCCGUUCCAGGUCGUGGCAGUCAUUGCUGGGCUUUACCUCCUCCGGCAUCCAAAGUUCAGGGGCAAGCAGCCCUCCGUGCCCUUCAACUUCUACAAGCGCCUUCCCGCCAGGGGCGACAUGCUCAUAUGAUUCGGUCUUCGAUCUGCAACACAGUUCCGAGACAUACAGAUUCUGCUUCAAAAUUCAGCAGUUAUUAAUUCAGACAGAACAUUCAGAAGAAGCUUCCUGUGUUAGCCUGUCAGUCAGUCUGGGCAGCAAAGAAAGCAAAUCAAUCAUUCAGACUGGGGAAGGAAGAAGGGGGGCGAAUCGAAGAGAACAAAUUCAAAGCAUGCAUGAGGUUGAUGCAACGGACAUUCUUUGCAUCCCAUUUUUCAAUCCCCACUACCCGUCUGAUCUUUGAGUGUAUAUUCCAUUCCUCCUUUUGGCUCUGCACUGCCAAAACAUGUCCAUGUGUAAAGCUCUCCCAUUCGACCUUCUUCUUCUUUCUUCCGUUGAUACGUACGUGUAAGCAGCACGCGGAAUAAAGUCGCUCUGAUAUAUAACAAGAAGAGGAAUAAAAUAAAGCCUGCCUUACCACUGUAUUCCA